AUGGAUGCAAAUAGCCAUGAAAAUGAAACUCAAAUCGAUAAUGAUGGAAGUUGGAAAAGAUCGGAUCCUAUUCCGAAGAAAGUUGCUUUGAAAAGGUUAAAUGGGUCACGAGACAUGUCAGACAAAUAUUAUAGUGAGGAAGCAUUUGAAGAGGCAGAUAAAGAUAUACCAAAUAUUUCAAUUUCACUCAAAACUAAUCCUGAUGCUAUAUAUACAAGUAGAACAUUUACAUUUAAAAAUUUGACAAAACCUAUUAAUUCGUCUCUUAUCACCUCAUAUCUUGAAAAGUAUGGGAAUAACGAAGAAUUUCAAGAUUCUCAAUUAAUUGAAUUAGGAAUUCCUAGCUCAUUACAAUUAAGAG